GCCGUCACUAGGCGCGCGGCGCGGUCGUCAGGGGGCGGAGUGGGAGGAGGAAGGCUUGAGCACGUGAGUGGCGUUGCUGGGCGCGCGGGCGGUAGUCAGGGGGCGGGCCGUUGCCGUGCGCGCAGCGCCGGGCGAUGGCGCUCGCGGGCCCAGGGCCGGCGGGGCCGAGGGGCCGCGAGUUGCGAGCGGCCUGGCCCCGGGGCAACAUGAGCCCGUGGCUGCGCUGGACGUGGCUGCUGGCCCUGGCGCUGGGAGCCCGGCGGCCCCCGCCCAAGGUCCCGUCCAUCGAAGACGGGACCUUCAUCCAGGCUUGCGUGGACGGCCACAAUGACUUGCGCACCAAGGUCAAUCCUCCCGCCAGCAACAUGCGCUACAUGAGUUGGGAUGCGGCUCUGGCAAGGACAGCAAGAGCAUGGUCAAAGAAAUGUGUGUUUAAACACAAUACUUUUUUAGGCAAAAAAGGAGCUGUCCACCCUAAAUUUAGAAGUGUAGGAGAAAAUAUAUGGCUUGGAGGCGUGGGCAAAUUUAAUCCAAAAAAUGCUAUUACUGCUUGGUACAAUGAAUUCAGGUCCUACACUUAUGAUACUAAAGGAUGUACCGGAGUAUGUGGCCAUUAUACUCAGGUUGUUUGGGCUUAUACCUACAAAGUCGGUUGCGCUAUUAGGAUUUGUCCUAAACUUGGUGGUUGGAAUACUGGAAUAUUUAUAUGCAACUAUUCACCAGCAGGAAAUACUGGUGCACAUCCUUACAAAACUGGAUCACCGUGCAGUCAGUGUGAAGAAGGGGACACAUGUCAGAACAAACAAUGUAGAAAUCGAGAACGUGAUAAAAACAUAGGUUAUCCAUAUUGGUGGUAUCCAAAAUGGGAGUCUCCUCGCCCAAUUACAUGUGAUCCUACCUGCCUCGUAAUGUGUUUUUUUAGAUUACUAGGAAUAGGCCUGACUGUUUUCAUUUCUGUUCUUCUAUAUCGCAAGUUUCCUAAUAUAACACUAAGAAAGUAAUUAGUAGCAAAUUAGAAACUGUUAAUAAUCUUUCUCUUUUUUCAAAUCCUUAGAUAUGUCUUCCACAUUAGAGGUCUAUCUAAAGGCAAUGGGAGUUUUAAAUGUGGAAGAGAUAGUAGAAGGUAGAGAAGUUUGGGAUUAAAAAUGAAGCAGUAAGGUUGUUGAAGAUAAACAGAUUGGCAGUCAUAUAAAUUUUGCAGUGAAUAUGAGUAGCAUUUUCCUUGCAUCUUGCACAGGUGUGCUUUGAGGGCCACUAUCACGGAAAAAAUAUUUUUAACUGGUCAGUUUAAUGUAUUUUGCAUCAGACUCUCCUUUAGCAAUAGUCACCUUCUUUAAUAAUUGAAAAUGGAUUAUUUAAGUUGUCAGUGAAUAUUAAAUGUCACCACAGAAUUGCCUAUCUUCAAUUAAAUUUUUGUUUUUAAAAUUGAAGAGUCCUAUCUUACUUUUAGAUUUAAAAUGUAAUUAAAUGACAAGCUGAUGUCAUCAUUUCAAAAUUGUUGAAUUUGGGGAGAACUAUUAUAUUUUAGAUUCACUACUUCCAAGGAUAAAUAUUUAUUUGUUUAUUUCAAAAGUAAAUAUUUAUUUAUCUAACCAAGGUCUUAUGGGUUCAAUAAUUUGAAAAUGUUCAGGACUUACAGUUCCAAGUUGAAACAAGCUAAAACAAAUAUGGAUUCUAGAAUUCAGUUAUAGUAUCUAUUAACUUAUAUUAGUUUCACUCUAUCAGUAUUCUAUUGCUUUUUUCCAGCAGGUGACAUUAAUUAGGGUUUACCUGUUAAGAUGCCUUUCAUUUUAUUUAAAAGCCAAAUUCUGUAAAGUCACCAAACCAUCAAGGCCUGUGGCGGUUAUUUGGAUUGUUCUGUUGUUCUGGAAUAUUAUUUUAGUAUACACAAAUUUUCUCAUUUAAAUCCUAAUUAUCCAAAUAAAAAUUUCUAAUGAU